AUGAAGUCGUCGACCCCCGCCAUGAACACCGUUCGCGGAUUCAAUACUCCAGUGAUGGGUUCAGGAGAUGAAGAUUCCGAUUAUGGCGCACGAACUCCGUCCAAGAGAAGGCAGGUUCUGGAGGAUGUCGUCAGCGCGAAUAGCAGCCCGAUGCUACGCUCCACCUCCGCCACGGCCAUGGGAGGGAUCAGCCAGAUGAAGCUGAAGUUGGAGACAUUGAACUUGGAUAUUGAUUCACGCAAUGGUUCUUUUGUACGCAGCAAGAGCCAGUUCAGGAGCCAACCACAGAGCAGCACUGGCACGAGCACCUCUGAUGGAUGCAGCGACGACGAUAACUCUGACAUCACCAGCUACGAAGUUCCCCUUGAGCACGACUUUGUAAGUGAGAGCGUAGCAGAGAAGCCCUUGUACGGCGCCAUUGAAGGAGGGCUGGUCCAGGAUACAGUAGCGCGCAAGAUGACUGCGACGGACUUUGAGCCUCUGCGAUGUCUGGGAAAGGGAACAUUCGGCACAGUGCUUCUAGUCAAGCAGCAAACCACCGGCCGUCUUUAUGCGCAGAAACAGUUCAAGAAAGCCUCUCUCACCGUGCACAAACGCCUCAUCGAGCAAACCAAGACCGAGCGCUCCAUCCUCGAAAGCGUCAACCGGCACCCUUUCGUCGUCAAGCUUUUUUAUGCGUUUCAGGAUCACGCAAAACUCUACCUCAUUCUCGAAUACGCGCAAGGCGGAGAACUAUUCAAAUAUCUCGCGGAAGAGCGCAUGUUCCCCGAAUCAACUGCGUCCUUCUACAUGGCCGAGAUGGUCCUCGCUCUCGAACACCUCCACCGCAACCUCGGUGUUGUCUACCGCGACCUGAAGCCCGAAAACUGCCUCCUAGACUCCGAAGGCCACCUCUUGCUGACUGAUUUUGGUCUCUCCAAGGUCUCUGUCGACGAGAACGAUCGCUGCAAUAGCGUGCUGGGUACGGUGGAAUACAUGGCGCCUGAAGUCAUCCAAGGACAUAAAUACGGGAUGGCGGUGGACUGGUGGUCAUUUGGUGCUCUGGGCUACGAUUUGUUGACUGGGAGCCCGCCCUUUGUAGCCCAAAAUACUGCCAAGAUCCAGGAGAAGAUCGUAAAGCAAAAAGUCGUCAUGCCGUAUUUCCUCGGUCCGGACUCUAAAGAUCUUCUGACCCGUCUCUUGCGCAAGGAACCUAACAAGCGACUCGGGGGUAACAUGCCGAAGGACAUGCAGGCAAUCAAGAAACACCGAUUCUUCCGAAAGAUCGACUGGAAGAAGCUUGCGCUCCGGGAGAUCGAACCACCCAUCCAGCCGCUGGUUACCGACCCGGAACUUGCGGAGAACUUCUCGGACGAGUUUACGGGGCUGGCUCUGAGUCCUGUCUUGACGAGCACAAAGGCGCCUUGGAACUCGACGAUGGUUGGGAGUGCGGUCGAGAAGGAUAAUCCUUUUGGGGGCUUCAGUUAUGUGGCUAGUCAGAGCAUGUUGGAUGGGGAUGGGUUUGCGGGCAUGUUUUCCUAUCAGGAAUAA